AUGGGCACUUUGUCUACUACUCGAAGCGAGCAAAGCAAAAGUGUUAACCAAACAAUCACGAGAAAUUUUUCACUGCGAGACACUCACUCUUUAUUGGCAAUAAAUAAUUCUACAAUGCUCAGGAAUGCUAAAGGACUUCUUUUCGGGCACUUGCUAUGCUUCAGACGGUCUAAAAAUUAUCACACAAAGUAA